AUGCGCCUUGACCCUCAAAUCAUAACUGUUAUGGAAGCCGUUGCCGCUCUGGGGUUGCCCCCCAACAAUGAAGUUUCCCCCGAACAGGCCCGGAUCAACGGCAAGCUGCGGCCCCGCGCGCCUGGCCCCGAAGUCGGCAAGGUUGAAGACUGCACCAUUCCGGGCCCCGACGGCGAAGUACCGGUUCGCAUCUACACCCCGGCAGGUUCCGGCCCCUUCCCCGGCUUGGCCUGGUUCCACGGCGGUGGCUGGGUCGUUGGCGACCUUGAUACGGCCGAUGGCUCCUCCCGCCACCUGUGCGUCGGGGCCAACUGCGUGGUGGUUUCCGUUGAUUACCGUUUGGCGCCUGAGACCAAGUUCCCUGGCCCCGCCGAGGACUGCUAUGCGGCCACGCAGUGGUUGGCCAAUAACGCGGCUUCUAUCAACGUAGACCCGACCCGCAUCGCCACCGGCGGAGACAGCGCUGGUGGAAACCUGUCCGCAGCAGUGUCCCUCAUGUCUCGCGACGGUGUGUGCUGA